ACCCAGCCUCCGUCUCACGUUACACCCUAUUUAUAACAUCCCCUUCCCUGGCUCCCCUCGUUUUGCAGCUCCUAGGAACCUCCUGUGCGUCCAACUUUGAGCUCCAGUCCUCUGUUCCUCCUGACAUCUGAGAAGCUCUGCUGCAGCUUGUCCUGGGCUAACUGUUUAUCCUGCACAGCCUGCCAACCAGCCGCAUGCUCUGGAUUACCACAGGACGCCCAUUUCCGAGUUCAUUUGCCUUUCUGCUCUGACUAUUUGAUUUUUUUCAGUUGAAAGGAAAAGUUUUGGACAAGUAACCUGGAUAUGUGCCUGUGAUCUUUCUUUGGCUGUUUUUGGUUUAUUUUCUGACAUCACUACUUUAACUCACCCAUCCCACCCUCACUGGAGGGCCUUGUUUAUUGCACUCCAUGGAUCACACGCUGUUUGGCUGCCUGCGGAGCCCCCACGCCCCGGCGCAGGCCUUGCAUCCUGCCUUCACCCAGUCUCCCUUGACUCUCCACGGACGCACAGAUCACAUCUCCUACCCCGACCUGGCCUCUUCGUCGUCCUCCUCCUCUACAUCCUCACCUUCCCCAUGCAUCAUCUCCAGCUACUCAGGCGACGACGGCCUAUUUCCCGGGCAGCACCACCACCACCGGAGCCACCUGUCCUCCCAGCAGCAUCACCACCAGCCUCAGCACCACGGAUCCUGGCACAUCCCACAGUUGCCGUCACCUGGCGGUGGCACACGCCACGGCCUUUGCCAUCCGCAUUCGCUCUCUUCCCAUGAGAACGGGCCCCCGCCUCCAGACCUGGGCCACCCUGGUGCACCUAGCCUAUGUGCCAGCACCCCAACUCUGGGUAAUGGCAGCACCCCAACAGGGGCUUCCUGCGUGCCCGCAGACUUCGGCAGGCAGACUCUGUCACCCGCUGAAGCGGAAAAGAGGAAUGGCAAGAGGAAAUGUGACAGCUCAGAGUCCCAGGAUGGAAAUUACAAGCCAGACGUGAGCAGCAAGCCAAGGAAGGAGAGGACAGCGUUCACCAAGGAGCAAAUUCGAGAGCUGGAGGCAGAGUUCGCCCACCACAACUACCUGACCCGACUAAGGCGCUACGAGAUCGCUGUGAACCUUGACCUCACUGAAAGACAAGUGAAGGUGUGGUUCCAGAACAGGAGGAUGAAGUGGAAAAGAGUGAAAGGCGGCCAGCAAGGGGCUGCGGCUCGUGAGAAAGAACUGGUGAAUGUGAAAAAAGGAACACUUCUGCCGUCCGAAUUCUCCGGCAUCGCAGCACUCCAUCAUUCGACGGACUCCUUAGCCAAUGAGGACAGUCAUGACAGCGAUCAGAGCUCUGAGCACGCUCACUUAUGAUGGACAGGCACACACAUCUGCCCCCUCCUCCGCCUCAGGACCUUCCUCAGAAGGAACUGCUGUUGGAUGAUUCGCCAUUGUCACACAACAACGCUAAACGAGUGGACAAACACAGAGGAGUGACGUUUGUUUAAAAAGUUGCUGCAAAGCAUGAUGUAAAUUUUAAGAACUGAAGAUGUUUGUUGAAAGUUCUAUCAAUUAAUGCCAAAAAAGAACAAAAAACAAUGCUUUGAAUAAAUAUUUGCCCCUUUACAGAUUUCUUACGUUUUUCAUUUUUAUCACCUAAAUGUUUCAGAAUGUCCAACAAUUGUAUUUAUGCCAGACAAGGUAACCUGAGUAAAUAAAAAAAGCAGUUUUCCACUUAAGGGAAAAAAGCUAUCCAAACCAACCUAGCCCUACUUGAAAAUGUGAUUUCCCCUAAAAUAACUAUUUGUCCCAUCCUUGGUGGCAACAUCUGCCAUCACUCAGUUGCAGGAACUGGCAAUGAGCCUUUUUUAUUGUUUGGAAGGAAAUGUGGCUCACUCUUUCUUCCAGAAUCGUUUUAAUUCAGUCACAUUGGAGGGUCUUCAAGCAUGACCAGUCUGUUUAAGCCUCAGCAUCUGAAUCAGUACAGAAUUUGACCAGGGCACUUCACAGCCUUCAUUUUGUUUUUUAGCCAUUCUGAGGAAAGAUUCUACUGUUUUUGUCUUUAUAUUGAUGAACCUUUUUUAUCUUAGCAUAUGUUUUUAGAACUGAGAUGUUUCAGAUAUUCAUCCUGCUGCAUAGCCCCAGAUAACCGCAUGACCACCACCACGUUUGAAUAGGCGUUGUAAGCCUUUCCCAACUGCUAGAUGUCAGUGACUUUGUUUUCAUCUGUUCUUGAAUUUCCUUCGAUCGGGGCAUGAUGUUUUCCUUUCAGAGAUAUUUUAGCCUACUUCAUGUUGUCUGACAGUUUCUAUUUAAGUGAUUUCUUGAUUCCACAGGCCCGGCAGUAAUCAGACCUGGGUCUGGAUAGUGAAACUGAACUCAGCUAUCCAAAAAGUUUGAUCAAUCAAUACCCAGGGCAUUUUAUGUUUGACGUAGGGUCAUGAAGGCUCAGGAACUUUUUUUCUCUUCAAAACAUAAAUAAUUUGCAUUCAUGCUUUCUGUAUUUACUCAGUUUCUCUUUGUCUAAUAUAAACAUUAGUUUGUUCUAAAACAUUUAGGUGUGAAAAAAGCAAAAGCAGAAUAAAUCUUUGAUAAGGCAAGUAGUUUUUCACUGCAUCUUGAUUAUGGAAAUUGACUAAGGGCAAAUCAGUUAACUGUUAACAUUCCAUGUUUCGUCUCUUUGCAGGAGCAGCCUGAAGCUUUGAUUUGCACUGUUGAACCUAAAGCCUGCACCUCAAUUGCUUUCCACUGUUUAAAAUGUAAAUUACGCUGUAAUUAAGUGUUUGACUCUACCAGGUGCAAGGAAAUCUGAUCUGCCUUGAAAAUAUGAACGAUCUGUAAAUAUUGUCUCAUCAUAACAAUAAGCUUAUACCUGGACUGUUCAGCUCAUGCAGUAAUAUACACUGUUAGAUGCCGUUUUUCUGCCUGGAGAUGACAUUUUUGCAAAUGAUUUGAAACCUGAAGCAGGGGACAGUUUCAAAUUUAAUAAAACUUUGCUUUUUGUUCUUGUGGA